CCUUUUUACCUCCGCGCAGAUGCUCGGAUGCUUUCUUGUUUCGUCCUCGACAAUAAACUCAGAAACCAGUCCGCAUCUCAAAGCCGAAAACUUGGUGCUGCUUGGAAACGCAUUAUUUCUAGAAAAGGAGUACAGGAGAGCUAUCCAUACCUAUAAGCAAGCGUUGCAAUUUCAUAAAACAAUCCCUAAACAAAGCGCAGUGACAACAAGAAACUCAACUUCUGCGCCAAAUAGAUCUUCUUCCCCAAGUCCUUUCAACAUUUCAAACAUUAAUGAGAAUGAGGUGAAGUUCAAAAUUGCGUCAUCCCAUUGUGCAUUGAAUGAGAAUAAAGCAGCACUUCUUGAGAUGGAGGGAAUCCCAAGCAAAGCUAGAAAUUUGCAGAUGCAUUUGAUGAUGGGAAAACUUUAUCGAACUUCUAAACAUACACGUGCAUCAAUUACUUGUUAUAAAGAGUGUUUAAGGCACUGUCCUUAUAUAGUUGAGGCUAUCACUGCAUUGGCAGAACUAGGUGUCACUGCAAGGGAUAUUAUUUCACUUUUUCCUCAGACAUCAAAUAGAAGUGGCAGACCUCCUUUGGAUCAUUUUGAUUCAAACCGUUGGUUGAUGCGUUAUGUCGAAGCCCAAUGCUUAAUUGCUUCAAAUGAUUACAAAGGUGGCCUGGAAAUAUUUACAGAAUUGCUACAGCGGUUUCCCAACAAUGUUCACUUAUUGCUUGAAAUGGCUAAGGUUGGGGCAAUUACUGGUCAAAAUGAUGAAGCUAUAACUUAUUUUGAGAAGGCUCGAUCUAUUGAUCCGUAUGUGAUGACUUAUAUGGAUGAGUAUGCCAUGCUUUUGAAAGUGAAGUCUGAUAAUUCAAAGUUGAACAAGUUAGUGCAUGAUUUACUAAAUAUUGAUCCAACCAGACCUGAGGUAUUUGUGGCCUUGUCAGUCUUGUGGCAACAGAAGGAUGAGAGGGGGGCUUUAUCUUAUGCAGAGAAGAGCAUCCGAAUUGAUGAGAGGCAUAUUCCAGGAUACAUAGUGAAGGGGAAUAUGUUCCUGUCAAUGAAUCGUCCUGAAGCUGCUGUGGUUGCCUUCAGAGGAGCACAAGAAUUGAGACCCGAUCUUCGUUCAUAUCAAGGCCUAGUUAGAUCCUAUUUGGCACUUUCAAAGGCCAAAGAAGCUUUGCAUGCUGCACGGGAGGCAAUGAAGGCCAUGCCUCAGUCCGCAAAGGCUCUAAAAUUAGUUGGGGAUGUGCAUGCUAGUAAUACCAGCGGCAGGGAGAAGGCAAAGAAGUUUUAUGAAUCGUCCCUCAGGCUGGAACCAGGUUACCUUGGUGCUGCAUUAGCUUUGGCUGAGCUACAUGUCAUUGAAGGUCGAAAUGCAGAUGCUGUCUCUCUCCUUGAGCGGUAUCUCAAGGACUGGGCUGAUGAUUCUUUGCAUGUUAAGCUGGCCCAGGUGUUUUCUGCCACAAACAUGCUGCAAGAUGCUCUUUCACAUUAUCUGUCAGCGCUGAGGAUUAAUCCGCAAAAUGAAGCAGCAAAUAAAGGAUUAGAGCGUGUUGAGAAACAAAUGAAGGGACUGGAUCCCGAUGCCCUCGAAGAAGAUGAGGAGAAUGAGGUUGACGAUCCUGAUGUUGACCAGGAGGAGGCCGACCUGUUAUGAAGGUUGUUGGUUAAAUGAGCGAUUCUUCUCCUGCAGUUUGAGUGGUAAAAUCCUGGUAUUGGCAUGAGAUAUGCUGACUGCUUAAUCCGUAAUCUUAGUACUGGGACGAGAUAUGAACAUUUGCUGGAAAUGAUUGAUUAAUUUGCUAAAGGGCAGUGUAGUGGUGUCUUCUCGGCUGGUGCUGUGUUGACCCACCUUGGAAUUGAUUGGUAAGGAUCCAGAUCAGUGACAGUUGGAUGAUGGCAUGGUAUCAGAUUGUGCACAACAGCAUGACCUUUACUGGAAAAUCUUUCUGUAUGUUGUUAUACCCAUUUUUUACUUUUUUUUUUUAAUUUCCAGGCACAUGUUAAGAAUAUAUUCAUCCACAGGAUUUGAAAUAAGGAAGUUGUAUGCAAUGCAAGUAUGGGAACAUUUAAUUGGAUUUUUUUAUUCAAUAUAAAUGUCUAUGCAAUAGUAUAUAUUUCUUUCA